AUGCACUCCCUCAAGCGCGGUAUUCUGCUCCUCGGGGCUCUUCUUCCCGCCGUCUUUGCUGCUCCCAUCCUCGAGGCCCGUCGCCCUGCGGAGAAGCUGCCCGGAAAGUAUAUUGUUACUUUCAAGUCUGGCCUCGAAGCGGCGCAUAUUGAGGCUCACACGACCUGGGCUACCAACGUUCACAAGCGCAACCUUGAGCGCCGUGACCAGGCUGACCAUGACGUUUAUUCCGGUGUUGAGAAGAACUUCGGAAUCGGUAACUUUGCGGCCUACUCUGGAUCCUUUGAUGAUGCAACUAUCGAGGAGAUUCGGAAAAGCGAGGACGUUGCUUAUGUCGAGGAGGAUCAGAUCUGGUACCUCGAUGCUCUGACUAACCAAACCGGUGCGCCCUGGGGCCUUGGAGCUAUUUCUCAUAAGGGUACCGCCAGUACCAGCUACAUCUAUGACACCAGCGCAGGAAGUGGCACUUAUGCCUACGUGGUGGAUACCGGGAUCAACCCCUCGCACGAGCAGUUUGGCGGUCGUGCCAGUCUUGCAUACAACGCCGUUGGGGGCCAGCACGUUGACAGUGUUGGACACGGCACUCACGUCGCCGGCACUAUUGGCGGCUCGACCUAUGGAGUUGCCAAGCAGGCGAGUCUUUUGUCUGUGAAGGUCUUCCAGGGCGAAAGCAGCACCACCUCCAUUAUUCUGGAUGGCUUCAACUGGGCUGCGAACGACAUUGUUAGCAAAAACCGUACCAGCAAGGCUGCUAUCAACAUGAGCUUGGGUGGUGCUUACUCCUACGCCUUCAACAACGCCGUUGAAACUGCGUUCGAUGAGGGUGUCCUCUCCGUUGUUGCCGCGGGUAACGAAAACAACGAUGCUUCUGGCACUAGCCCUGCCUCUGCUCCCAACGCUCUCACCGUUGCUGCGAGCACCAGCUCCAACGCCCGUGCCUCAUUCUCCAACUACGGCAGCGUGGUCGAUAUCUUUGCUCCUGGUGAGAACAUCCUCUCUGCCUGGAUCGGCUCCAAUACUGCUACCAACACCAUCUCGGGGACCUCCAUGGCUACCCCCCACAUUGUUGGUCUGUCCAUCUACUUGAUGGCUCUGGAGGGGCUCUCCGGCCCUGCUGCCGUAACUGCCCGCAUCAAGGCCCUGGCCACAGAGGGUGUUCUCACGAGCGUCUCUGGCAGCCCUAACCUGCUCGCCUACAAUGGCAACGCGUAA